UCUAAUUCUUACUUUUUGUACAGACGAAGGUCAAUUUCACUCACAGAGCCGAUCGGCAAGGAAGCUCCGUUGCAAAACUCGCUGGGAGAUUUUUGAAUAUUACUUAGGGUAUUCAUCGGAGAAGAAGGUCCGGCUGCUAUGGCGGAAGAAAAGGAGAUCAAAGGAGAGAAAAAGUACAAGUAUAGCAUAAUUGUUCCCACCUACAACGAGCGCCUCAAUAUCGCUCUUAUAGUCUACCUCAUUUUCAAGCAUCUCCGGGAUGUUGAUUUUGAGAUAAUUGUUGUGGAUGAUGGGAGCCCUGAUGGAACACAAGAAAUUGUCAAGCAACUGCAGCAUUUAUAUGGUGAAGACCGUAUUCUUUUAAGAGCUAGAGCCAAAAAGCUUGGCUUAGGAACUGCAUAUAUCCAUGGUUUGAAACAUGCUUCUGGUGAUUUCGUCGUAAUCAUGGAUGCUGAUCUUUCACAUCAUCCGAAGUACUUGCCAAGUUUCAUCAAGAAACAACUGGAGACGAAUGCAAGUAUAGUAACCGGUACACGAUAUGUAAAAGGUGGUGGUGUACACGGGUGGAAUCUUAUGCGAAAACUCACAAGCAGAGGAGCGAAUGUGCUAGCUCAAACACUUUUAUGGCCUGGUGUAUCUGACUUAACCGGAUCAUUCCGGCUGUACAAGAAAUCAGUGCUUGAAGACGUGAUUAGCUCAUGUGUGAGUAAAGGCUAUGUCUUCCAGAUGGAGAUGAUUGUUCGUGCUACCAGAAAAGGAUACCAUAUUGAAGAGGUACCGAUCACUUUUGUGGAUAGGGUCUAUGGAACUUCGAAGCUGGGAGGAUCUGAAAUAGUGGAAUAUCUAAAAGGCCUCGUCUAUCUUCUGCUCACGACUUAAGAGACACCAAGCAGGUCAACAACACAUGAAGUCUCUCUUUAUACUCGUCUCUUUUAACACUUGAACUCAGAUCAUGUCUUGUAGAAACUUCACUUUAGCUUGACUACAGAGAGUUGCAUUUUUCAAAGACUCAAAAGGGUUCAGUAUUAUAGACGCUGUUCGUUUUGACUUUUGAAUGCUGAGUUGAGACAUUUUGAUGAAAAUCGUAACCAAACCAAAGUAAAGGCUUUACGUCUUAGUUCUUUCGUUACUCGUAACAUCUCAUUCAAACUGAGCGGCCUAGGGGCUUAUUUAUACAAGGAGAAUAAGUGGGCUUCGGGAAGCCCACUAAGAAGUUGAGCAAGUGUCUUUUCCAGAUAUGUAGGACGAAGCUGGCACCAAGUGCCCGAAGCCCACUAGGAAGUUGAGCAAAGUGCCUUUUCCAGAUAUGUAGGACGAAGCUGGCAUCAAGUGGCUCGUGUGAUCUGGCGAAACAUGAUCUAUUUUAUUCAGCAUUUGAUGCUAUUUUUGUUCCAAAAGCGGCUACAGAUACUACUUGUAGAGCCUGACAAAGCCGUGAAGCACUUAACUCUCUUUACCCCAUUGAUGAAACGCACCACUUUUCAGGAGCGACUGAGCAAAAAAAUUCUUGCCGGCGAAAAAAAGAAGAGAUAAUGGAAGGAACUAUCAAGUCUCCGGCCAACUACGUUCCUCUCACCCCGAUCAGUUUCCUCGAUCGUUCUGCCGUCGUCUACGCUGACAGAAUCUCCGUCGUUUAUGGCCCCGUCACCUACACGUGGCGCCAGACCCGCGACCGCUGCGUCAGAAUCGCCUCAGCUCUCUCCCACCUCGGGAUCUCUUCCGGCGAUGUGGUUUCAGUGUUGGCCCCAAACGUUCCAGCUAUGGUUGAGUUGCAUUUUGCUGUUCCCAUGGCUGGAGCUUUGCUCUGUACACUCAACAUUCGCCAUGAUUCCGCACUUGUAGCAGUUUUACUCAGACACUCAGGGACAAAAGUGCUUUUCGCAGAUCAUCAGUUUCUCGGGAUUGCUCAAGGAGCUUGUGAAAUCCUCUCAAAGAAGGGCGAAAAGGCUCCGCUUUUGGUCUUGAUCCAAGAGCCUCUUGUUCAACCUGUUGUUUCAGGGAAGAAGAGCUUGAUGGAAUACGAAGAUGUUGUGGCCAUGGGGAAAUCAGAUUUCCAAGUUAAAAGGCCGAAGGACGAGUGUGAUGCCAUCUCUCUAAACUACACUUCAGGCACCACUUCGAGCCCCAAGGGCGUUGUUUAUAGUCACAGAGGUGCUUACUUGAACUCUCUAGCCGCGGUUAUACUCAACGAAAUGCACUCCUCGCCUACUUAUCUAUGGACUAAUCCAAUGUUUCACUGCAAUGGCUGGUGCUUGUUGUGGGGCGUUACCGCGAUUGGUGGGAGUAAUAUAUGUCUGAGGAAUGUAAACGCAAAGGGUAUAUUCGAUAGCAUUUCCAAGCACAAUGUGACUCACAUGGGAGGUGCACCGACGAUUCUGAACAUGAUCGUCAACGCUUCUGAAUCCGAGAAGAAACCGCUUCCCGGAAAGGUCUCGUUUAUAACCGGCGCUGCACCGCCACCGGCUCAUGUGAUCUUCAAGAUGGAAGAGCUAGGGUUCUCUAUGUUCCAUUCCUAUGGUCUAACCGAAACUUAUGGACCAAGCACGAUCUGUACAUGGAAACCUGAGUGGGACUCUCUGCCUAGAGAAGAACAGGCGAAAAUGAAAGCGAGGCAAGGCGUGAACCACUUGGGGCUCGAGGAGAUCGCUGUUAAAGAUCCUGUAACCAUGAGGAGUUUGCCGGCUGAUGGUGUGUCAAUGGGUGAAGUUGUCUUCAGGGGAAACACAGUGAUGAAUGGUUACUUGAAGAACCCUGAAGCAACCAAGGAAGCUUUCAAAGGAGGUUGGUUUUGGAGUGGCGACUUAGGUGUCCAACACCCUGAUGGUUACAUAGAGCUGAAAGAUCGGUCGAAAGACAUUAUAAUCUCUGGAGGAGAAAACAUUAGCUCGAUCGAAGUCGAGUCUGUUCUCUUCACACAUCCUUGUGUUCUUGAAGCAGCUGUGGUCGCGAGGCCUGAUGAGUAUUGGGGUGAGACUGCUUGUGCCUUUGUAAAGCUUAAAGAUGGGUCUAAGGCAAGCGAGGAGGAGAUUAUAAGCUAUUGCAGGGAGAGGAUUCCGCAUUACAUGGCACCAAGGAGCAUUGUGUUUGAGGAUCUUCCUAAGACAUCGACUGGUAAAGUCCAGAAAUUUGUUCUGAGGACCAAGGCUAAGGCUAUGGGAAGCUUAUCAAAGAAAGGCAGAAGCAAGUUAUGAAGUUGGUUAAGCUUUUUUGGUCCACGUCCUUUAUCACAUUGGUCAAGCUGAACCGGAAUAAUUGUACUUAUAUAAACCACGUUGUAUCAUUUCUGAAAUAAUUUAUACUAUCAUGUUUGGUAAAGCUAAACAUGAAACAAUUGUACUAAAAUAAACCAAGUUGUAUGUUUCUGAAAUAAAUAAAACUGGUAUGAAUCUGGAAAAUUUAG